AUGGGAAAUUAAUGUAAAGGUUAAUAUUGUUACAAUGAAUAUAGAGAAGAAGUAUCUCAUACUCCACUAGAUAUUUUCAAUAAAAUAGUUAAGAUAUAAGCAAUUAUACGAGGAUUCCUUUCUAGAAGAUAAAGGUUUAUAUUGAAAAAUAAUAAAUAAAUUUUAUUUGAAGAAAGAAGAAUUUUGGAAAAAUUUGGAUUUAAAAAAUUGGAACACAUUUUAACAUACAAAAUUUUAAAAAAGAAAAAUAUAAAAAUUAUAGAAGAAGAAACAUAAGCAUAUGUAGGUGAAAUAAAUAGUUAAAAUUAACCACAUGGAAUAGGAAGGAUUCUUUAUAAAAAUAAUAGUUAUAAAGAAGGAGAAUUUUAGAAUGGAGAAUUACGUAAAGGAAUAUAUUAUUUUAAUGAUGUUACAUUACAAGGUUAAUUUUAAAAUAAUUUAUUACAUGGAAGAGGAAAAAGCAAAUUCAAAGAUGGAACAAUAUAUGAAGGAGGAUAUGAAAGAGGAGUUAGAAGUGGAUAUGGAAAAUUAAUAGAUAUUUAUGGAAACAUUUUUGAAGGUCAAUUUAAAAAUGGUUUAUUAAAUGGGGAUGGAGAAUUCGUUGGAAAAGAUGGUAGAUAUUAUAAUGGAGAAUGGUUAAAUGGAAAAUAUCAUGGAAAAGGAGAACUUUUAUUUCCAGAUGGAUAAAAAUAUGUUGGAUAAUUUUAAAAUCAUCGUAGACAUGGUCUUGGUUAAUUAAUUACUUAACAUGGUUAAUAUAGUGGAACUUGGAAAUAUGGAAAAUAGUAUGGAGAAGGAAAAUUAAUCUUUAAUGGUUAAGAAAUCAAAUAUAUUAAUGGAUUUCGUAAAUGA